UAAAUUGACAAAAAAUAAAAUAAAUCUUAACCGUCUCAUUUUCUUGGCAUGUUGAUGUUUCUGUAGGGAAUAGUUUUUCGGUUACUCAGGGAAGUAAAGUGCUGAAUGUUUUUUGUACCGUUCUAAUGAGAAAACAAAGCUGUUUAAAUAAGAAUUAAAUGCAAGAUACGGAUUAUUAAAAUAAAUAACAUUUCAAAGUAAUCGCUAGGUCUUUGCUCCAGUACGACUACUUAUGUUAUAGUUCUUUAGGUUUUUCGAUAGGUUUACCGUUGGUAUUGGAGAGCUGUAUGACCGCCACACUGGAACUUGGGAGACUAAUUUCAUAUCCACCGUGUGAAAUGAAAGUCCAGUGACUUUUGAAAACGUUUAAUUUAUUGAUUUAUUUAAUAUAUCAUGGAUUUAAGACAUAAAAAUCUACUUAGAAAGCAUAGACUUGAGUUAUCUAAUCAGCUGGUGGUUGGUGGCACCAUAGUUCAAUACUUGUAUCAAGAAGGUAUUUUAACAGAAAGCCAUGUUGAGGAAAUACGUGCACAGGACACCAAUAAGAAGAAAACUAUUAAGAUGUUAGACAUCCUUCCCACCAGGGGACCACGAGCGUUCGAUACAUUUUUAGAGUCCCUGAAGGAAGAAUUUCCAUGGAUAUUGGAAAAAUUGCAAGAGGAGGCACAAAACGAGGACAGUCAACCAGGCGCUGCAGAAAAGCAGAAGAUUUCAGAACAACUACUGAGCACUGUGCCCACUGAAAAGCAAUUAAACAAACUCUCUGUCAGACUAGGGCCCGAGUGGGAGAAUGUCUUGAUAGAACUUGGUUUGACUACUAAUGAAAUCUACCGAUGCAAAGCCAAUCACUCUUGUAACGUGCAGACCCAGACCAUGGCCGCCUUGGUGAUGUGGAAACAAAGGUUUGGGAAACAAGCGACCAUGCAGUGCCUGCUCAAUAGCUUAGAGGCAGCAGAAAUAGACCCCUCUGUAAUGGAUGAUAUAUUUCAGUGAAGAAGGAACCAAAUUGCUGGAACUGAUUGAGGAUGAAGAUUGACAGUUUUCUGUCCAAAGAAGACAAAACUGAUGGGUUUCUCUAAAGGAAACAAACAUUCCAUAUCAAUACCUUUUAAAAUGUGGUAUUUGUUGUCAUAUGUUGCAAUAAUUAUUAAAUACUAUUCUGUCAGCUUUCAUAAAAAUAGGGGAUGGGGGCUGUUCAAUUCAUCCAAUCCCAAGCUGUCCAACCUUUUGGCCAACUAAGCCAUGUUAAUGAUCAGUUAGUUUUUAAAAAAGCCAGAAAAUCACAAACACAAACUGAGUAAAACUAGCAUUUUCAGGCUGCAACUUUUAGGAAACUCAGUAUUAGCAAAGAAGUCUCACUAAUCUUGGAUACUUAAUAUUACCCACAUAAGCGUAUAACAUUAGCACUAACUUGGAUCUGUGACACCAGUCAAGUGUUGUGCCUGUCUCUAAAGUGUAUUCUUGUCUGAAAAAAUCUGUAAAAUGGUAUAAACAGCGGUGGGUAUUUAGAUCUGCCACCAUUUGAUCAAUUAGAUAGACCUUCAAGUGUUUGCUCUUGUCUCCUGGUGCUGUUUCAAAACAUGAGCCCGCUGUGAAGGAGACUUAUAUGAUUAGCUCAACGUAUGUAAGCCUUAAAAAUGGUGUAACAUUCUUGUGAAUAUGAAGCAAGCCAUCUUAAAAUCGACAAACGUUCAGCAUUCUCUACAGUAUUUCAGCCAAACUGUGGGGUGCAUUUCUGAAUAUUGGCACAUCUAAGUUUAGCUGUGAAUAACAUUUUGGGAAAAUAUUUGCUGAGAAAUGAUUAUUUGUAUUCAUUAAAGACUAAAUAUUGCUUCAUAUUCACUAUAUAAAUGUAUGCUUAAAUUAAAAGAAAAAAAAUAAAAUUUACCUGCUUAAAAAAAGAUUUGAUAUCCCCUGUGAUAGGAUUAAUACUUUCUCAUGACACGUGGCAGUUUACUUCAAGUAGAAGACAAGGCUCAGAAGGUUAGCCACUUGGCAUGGAGCAUAAGUGGAAAGAACAUCCUGUUCAUGGAUAUACUUUGUAUAUUUAAAAGAUGUAACCACAGGAUAACGACAAACAAGAACAAAAACCAUGCUGCACACAGGAAAACCAUUGGAGACAGUCUCAGAUCAUUCCUAAAUAAUGUCUAGCAUGCUAACAUAAUAUAUGUUUUAAAAUUCAUUUGCAUUCCUAAAUACCAAUUUGUUGGAACUUUAAAAUAUAUGAACAUUGUCCAUUAGAAAUAGCCUGAGAUUCACGCUCCAUUCUCUUGUAUAUCAAGUAUAGGGAUCAAAUUUAAAAGUUUUAAGGAAAUACCAGCUUUGCAUUUAAUAUUUUGAUAACAAAAGUUUCACAUGGAUCUACAGUUUUGAAAUGUAGGAUUGUUUGAUCUGAAUUCAAUCUUUGUGGGAAAGAUCAAUCAAGAAAAAAUCUGUAUUUUUCAAACAUGUAACGUGAGUAAAUUCUAUUUUACUUGGAAAUUGUAUACACAGGUUUAAAAAAAAGUUAUGUUUUAACAUCGUUGCAUUCUACCAGUAACCAAUUUAUAAUAACUGUCUAUUCAUCGGUUUUAGUGUAUUAAUUGUCUGUACAAAAUAAAGCUUUACUGGGACCAAGAACUGGUCCAGAAACCCCUACACACUUACACUAACCCUAAAACUGAUUGUGCUAUUCCUGAAACCAAUGCUCUUUUGCAGUACUUGCUGUUUAAAUUAAUACAGUGGAGCAUCUCAGUAUCCUUGUCAUUGUAGAGGGAAAUACUCCACAAAGAGAGAUGCUACUGCAAAACUGCCUUAGAUAAAAAGAAAAAAUGCAAUCUUUAUCAACGUUUCCAAGGCCUUUGUUCUUGGAAAAGAUUGCCUGCUUUUCUAGAAGCAUAGAUGUCUGUAUAAAUCACCAAUUUCCUUGAAAGUGAGGGAAGGUGGAUAAUAUGAUUGAUACCUUACAUCAUAAGGGGUACUGUCAAAGCCUCAUAUGCAUAGGAGAUUAACGUGGAUGCUAUACAAUAGCCUGCAAAUUGUUCAGCAUGCAGGUGUUAGAAUUCCUUUUGUUCAUCAUAGAGAUUAAACUUUUCCACCAAAAUAAAUACAAUUUAAAAAAAAACCCUAUUCACGCUGUCUUCUCAGGACAAUUGAAUGGUCUUUGGCACUGGCAGUGAUGCAGACCUCAUAAGUACACACUGUUCAUGCUGUCUGUCCCAAAAAAUAUAAAACUGAAGCAGUUUUGUGAGAGCAACAACCCAUUCCAGAACUAGCAGAAGAAAUGGGUCUGGUUGUGUGUGACAGUGCAAGCAUAAUACAAUAAGUAAUUGUACAGAAUGUUUAAGAAAAAAAAAAAAAAAACAGAAUCAGCAUCUUGAGUUUGGAUCACAAUUGAAGUUUAGAAUCUGUUUAUUCAAUUGUUGGCAAUUUACUGAAUAUAGUUCAAUAGAAGACUCAUGGGUAUGCCCUUCAUGGGGAAAAGAAGGUACAGCACCAUCUUUAUCCUUUUAUUAAGUUGAUCAGUGUUGCUUACAUUGCAAAAGUGUUUCUGAGACCGUUCCCCUAGUGAAGGCUAUUUUGCUACAGAUAACAAACUGGGAGAGCUGAUUGUCUUAAAGUAUAAUAAGUGGCAUGCAGCUGAUUUGUUAAAAUUGACCUAGUGUAUUACUGGAUAAACAACAGGGGUGUGAUUGGAUUAACUUUACUUGCUUUAUAAUUUUAUUUUAAGCAGGGUUUUGAUAGGUUGGAAUAUAACUGUGAAUUAGGAGAAUUUUUCUGCUGUUGGGUGAUUACAUAUGCAUUUAACUAACAUUUAAUUUAUUGUUAAUCUUAAAGGUAUCGAUUAUUGAUUAUUUGAUAUAGAAUGACAAUUGCAGAAUAAAACAGAAAUCAAUGCUUAUUUCUUAGAAGGAACAAGGUGCAGUUUAAGGACAAUGUCUAAUCGUAUUUUCUUUACCAGAGAAUUUUGAAAUGCGCAGGUAGUUGUAGUUCUUGCGAAAAUGAAAUUUCAAUUGUCUACAGAGUAGAAGAAAGCUAAGCUAUUAAAACUCAACGUUUAGGUGUAUCACAAUCUGUCCAGAUUUAUGACAUUUUUCCUUUGUUACGGCUUUCUGUACACCACGUUGAUAACCUUGCAUGUAAUUUUAACAAUCUUAAUCCUCCCUUUGAAACACACCACCACUAACAGGAAAAUAGGAAAACAAACACACCACCCACCCCCACCUGAUGGCACCCUCGGCCCCCUAAAUAACACACACAAAAACAUGCACACACCACCCACCCUCACCUGAUGGUGCCCUCAGCCCCCUAAAUAACACAAAAAGACAUGGUCGCCACACACUCCAGCAUUGGCAAACUGACCCUGCAUCCAUCUAGCAUCCAUAACUACAAAUGGGCUGUGCUGCACUGCCACCUGUCAUCGACACAGAACAACAACCACCUGAUCAACCACAAUACUUUGUAGGGUCCAGUAAAGAGGGGUGUUAUGUAUACUUUCUGAGUUGGUGAAGAUGGUAUUAGCUACUUAGGUGACCCUUGAUCUUUAAGGAAUGGCAGUAUCUGCCGUUUUAUUAUGUGAAUGAUUCUGUAUUUGGAAAUUUUAUUAAAAGGUUAAAAUCAAACAAGCCAUGUUCCAGUAAAACCAUGCAAACACAUUACAGGUUUGGAAGCAAUAACCGGAAUGACAAACGUACUCCUGUCUUUCAGUUUCUAUGGGAAUUAUGAAGGUUACAGAGCCCAUUCAAAAUGUAUCCAAACCAGCUUUACAGGGGAAAAUGUAACAAGAAAAACUUCUGAAUAAACACGGAAAACAAAAAAUACAUGAUGUGGCAGGCCACCAGUAACUACCUGUAGAGAAAUAAAAUCUGGACACCUGAGUGGUGUUUCAACUACAAACCCUCUGUGUCUCUCGUUUCUCGAUACCCACACAGUAACAGAACUCCCCUGCAUAUACAUAUUCAAUAAAAAAAAAAAACAUUCUCUUCUGUCCUUAAUUAAAGGUUACAACAGUCAGCCUAGCAUUCUU